AAAAAAAAAAAAGCAAUGGUGAAGAUGAUAACGAAUCUUAGACUACUCCGUCUCACUGCAUCACUAACAAAUCCACAUUUAUCCUUCAAUUUCAACUCCCAUUUCUCACUCUCGUUCUUCUCCAAACCUAAACUAUUGUCCUCGUCUACAUCCUCUCUCUCCCCCUCAUCCAGAGGUUUGUCAGUUCGAUCGGCAAUGGACAAUGCUGGUGGAAUCCCCACAAAAGAAGUGCCAGUAGGUGUAGAUGCAGCCGCUCAAGAAGAAUUUGCUUCUUUGUCUGUGCUACUUCAAGAAUUUUCGAAAAUCUCCACCAUCGAUAAAGCAUGGACCAUCAAACCUCAGAAUGAAGAUGCUACCAGUGCAAUGUUUUUAAUAGGUCAACCAGAUCUUUUGUCCAACAAGAGGAGAAAGUCAAUACUGACCAGUCAUAUAUCGCAAAAGACUGACAACUCUGUGAGUUUUCGCUGGGCCCCAUUCCCUGUUGAAAUGACCGGUGUGUCUGCAUUAGUUCCCUCUCCGUCAGGAUCAAAGCUUCUUGUUGUGCGAAAUUCUGAAGGCGACUCUCCAACCCACUUUGAAAUAUGGGGUGCAUCUGAACUUAAGAAUGACUUUGCUAUUCCACGCAAAAUUCAUGGAUCAGUAUAUACCGAUGGAUGGUUCGAGGGUAUUUCAUGGAACUCAGAUGAAACUGCCAUAGCUUAUGCUGCUGAGGAACAAGACCUCCCUAAACCAACAUUUAAUGCUUUUGGGUUAAAAAAGGAGGCUUCUACAGACAAGGAUUGUGGUAGCUGGAAGGGUCAAGGUGAUUGGGAAGAAGACUGGGGAGAAACUUACUCUGGGAAAAGACAGCCGGCACUUUUUGUUAUUGAUGUUAACAGUGGAGAGGUUCAUGGUGUUGCUGGAGUUGGGAGGGAGUUAAGUGUUGGGCAAGUUGUAUGGGCUCCAUCAGUUGAUGGCCAGCAGUAUCUCGUUUUUGUUGGGUGGCCUUCAGAUACGAGGAAGUUGGGUAUCAAAUACUGUUAUAAUAGGCCUUGCGCCCUGUAUGCAGUCAAAGCUCCAUCCUUUAAAUCAGACACCGGUGUAACCAGAAGUGAUGCAACUGAAGAUUCACUGAUAAUUAAACUUACUCAGAGCAUAAGUAGUGCAUUUUUUCCUCGUUUCAGUCCAGAUGGGAAAUCCCUUGUGUUUUUGUCGGCAAAAUCUUCUGUUGAUUCUGGGGCACACUCGGCCACUGAAUCACUUCACAAGAUUGAGUGGCCUUUGAAUGGGAAACUCGAUCCUUCGAAAAUUACGGAAGUGGUUUCUGUUGUCAUGUGUCCUGAGGAUGGCUGCUUUCCUGGGCUUUAUUGCUCUAAGUUACUCGAUCAGCCAUGGCUUUCUGAUGGUCAAACAAUGGUUUUAUCUUCCAUUUGGGGUAGUGUUCAAACAAUACUUUCAGUGAAUGUAUUAAGUGGACAAGUAUCACGAAUCAGUCCUAAUAAUUCAAAGUCUUCGUGGGACAUCCUUGCCGUAGAUGGUGACAAUAUUAUUGCUGUAUGCAGCAGUCCUGUAAGCAUUCCUCAAAUUAAGUAUGGGAGUUUGGUAGGAAAGAUAUCCACUGAUGCAAAAUGGAGUUGGUCAGAUGUUUCAAGCCCGAUUACCACAUGCUCUGAGAAGGUUUCAUCAGUGUUGGCAUCACAACAAUUUGACAUCUUGAACAUUCCAGUCAGGGAUGUCUCUGAGAAUCUUACAAAAGGUGCAUGCAAACCAUUUGAAGCUAUAUAUGUAUCAUCAAAAUCUAGCAAGUCUGAAUCGCCGGAUCCGUUAAUUGUUGUCAUUCAUGGAGGUCCCCACACUGUUUUAUUGGCAAGCUAUGCAAAGUCCUUAGCUUUCCUAUCCGCACUUGGCUACAGCUUGCUUAUUGUGAAUUAUAGGGGUUCUCUGGGAUUUGGCGAGGAAGCAUUGCAAUCUCUUCCAGGACACAUCGGGACCCAGGAUGUGAAUGACGUACUCACUGCAAUAGACUAUGUUACUGGCAAGGGACUUGCUGAUCCAUCUAAAAUAUUUGUCGUUGGUGGUUCGCAUGGUGGAUUUUUGACUACACAUUUGAUUGGUCAGGCACCAGAAAGGUUCGUUGCAGCAGCUGCUAGGAACCCCGUAUGCAACCUUGCUCUAAUGGUCGGCACAUCUGAUAUUCCGGAUUGGUGUUUCUUUGAGACUUAUGGAAGUGAUGGAAAUACUAUCUACACUGAAUCCCCUUCUGCAGAACACCUGGCUGUUCUUCAUAGCAAGUCUCCUAUUGCUCAUGUCUCAAAGGUCAAAACCCCCACGAUUUUUCUGCUUGGUGCUAAAGAUCUCCGCGUACCAGUAUCUAACGGAAUACAGUAUGCGAGAGCAUUGAAAGAGAAAGGAGUCGAAACUAAGGUUAUCAUCUUCCCCAAUGAUGUGCACGGCAUUGACAAGCCACAGUCGGACUACGAAAGCUACCUGAAUAUUGCCGCGUGGUUCAACAAGCAUCUCAAAUCAUAGACAGAUUGCAUCAAAUUUUUCUUCUUAUUGUUGGUACAUUAAUAUUCAUCUUUGUGAAGGGUUUUGUAAUCUUCUGUGUUUUUACCAAAUAGUAACAGUUUUAUGUAAUCAUAUUUUACAGGUCAUUUUUCGAAGUUACUGACAUUUUCUCUAA